ACGAUGUACAAUGGUGAACGUUUGCCUUAAUAUAAUUUAUAUUAAUUUAUUAUAAUAGCAAAUAUACACACACACACACGCACACACACACCAUGUCAUAAUGAUGAUAUUAUAUUAUACGCAUUUCCGAUGGGCGAUGACUGCGUAACGCUCAACGCGCCGUCGUCCAGUCUAGACCGACACGAGAGUUUGGUCGCAUCCUCUAUGGCACGUUCGUCUCCAUAAUAAUUCGUAAAUAGUAUUAUAAUAAUAAUAAUAAUAAUAAUAAUAAUAAUAAUGUAUGACAAUAUAUUAUUAUUAUGUUACGUUAUUCCAUUGCCAGCGGACAGUGCACUUCUGUAAGUUGUUGUUAAACACACCACAGUCCCGUAUUGUAUCAUAGUGAUUGGUAUCGCUGUUUUUUUUAUUUAAUUUGUUCUCCAUAUUCUUUCCUGCGUCCUUUUUUGUCGUCUCACUCAUUUUUGACACCGCGUACAAUAUAUUAUUGUUUUUCUAUACUGUCUCUUAUAAGUAAUUACCUACUGCACAACGAUAUUUUUUACUGUCUAUAUCGUACGCCGUUUUUUUUCUCGUCUCAUCGGUCACUUCGUUGAAAUCAUCGCCGUAAACGUCUCAAUAAUCAAAAAUCGUCGAAUAUAUUAAUAAUACAGAUCGAUAUGACACCUAUCAUUAAAUUGAAAAAUAAAUUUAAUUUAAAUAAAUCUCCAUUAAAUGCUAACAUUUACAACAAUAAUGGUCUUCACGAACAAGAGGAAAUACAAUCAACAGCUAGAAAACCUAUACAAGACUGUUUAAAUGUUGAUGAUGAAAUAUUAAUUAAUAUAAGUAACGUAUCUGCUAGUUUCAAUGUGAAAUCACAUUUAAAUCUCAGAUAUUUAGCACUGCAUGGGCAUAAUGUGGAGUAUAAACGUGAAAAAGCGAAACUCGUAAUGAAGUUACGGAAGCCAAGUGCUACAGCAAUUAUAUGGUCAAGUGGUAAAAUAGUUUGUAUAGGUUCAGCAUCUGAAUAUGAUUCAAAAAUAGCUUCAAAACGUAUUGCUAGAAUUAUUCAAAGACUGGGAUAUAGUGAUGCAAAAUUUAGUAGUUUCAAAAUUAUCAAUGUUCUCGGCUCAUGUAGUUUACCAUUUUCCAUCAGAAUUAUACAAUUUUCCGAAAAAUAUAAAUUGAAUUCUCAGUAUGAACCUGAGUUGAAUCCCGGCGUGACGUACAGAAUUAAAGAAUUUAAAGCUACAUUAAAAAUAUAUUCUACUGGGAGCAUUACUGUAAAUGCUUCGAGUGAAGCAAUAGUUCAACUUGCCAUUGAACACAUAUAUCCUUUAGUUUUACCAUUUAAGUUAACCAACUUAUUGGACGAUAAAUGUCUUGUAAGAGUAAUUGGAGGAACAAAAUCCCAGGAACAAAAUGCCGGAAUAUUGGAAUCCACUGAUCAUUUUCCCAUAAAUCGUCCCGUCGAAGAAUUAGUGAUUGAACGUUGGAAAUUGAACACUUUGGCACCUAUAUUAGAUAAUAAAGGAUAUAAAUGAUACUACGUAAACAAUUUUUCUUCUGCGGUCAUAAUGUGCCUAUGUUAAAUUUUGAUCAUAGGUUUUGUUUCUCAAUUGAAUUCAAUUUUAAAUAUAUAAACAAAUAUUAUAUUUAUUGUUUGAUUUUUUUCUUUGAAAAAAUAUUCCACUAUAU